AAUACUGUGGCCAUUAUAAAAGCAUUUCAGUCUCUCUUAGCGUCAUAUUCGUUAAAAUAGUAUCGUACUCGAGUGUACAGUGAUAUUUAAUCAGUUUUUGUGAGAUAACUAGUUUUAUUUUGUGACAUCAUAUUACACAACGUUGUUCGUAAUAAACAUCAGCCGAAACUAAAUUGGAUUACAGUGAAGUGUAGUUAUAAUUUCGUUCGUUAUAAAAUCUCGCAAAUUGUAUAAAUCAAUUAAAUCCGAUUAUUUAAAAAUGUGCGUGGAAACAGAGCAAAAACAAAAUUCCGAAAUGUUCAACAGAUCAAAUUUAAGUCGUGCUUUGCAUGCUACCCUGACCCACGCUAAGAUCAACAGACGACUCAUCUGUGGGCUACUACCCACUAUAGAUCACCUUCAAAAAUCACCUGAAGAUGUUAUAUUUUGUUUACUACCACAAGCUAGACCAGGAGAUGCCAGCGCUCAUAUGCAAACUGUUUUACUACAAGCAUUUUGCUACGAGAAUUAUAUACCAGUUAUACAGGUAGACAAUAGCGAAAAAUUAGCAGCUUAUUGUGGUAUAUCUAAAUCAACGUACCAAACGGGAUGCACAUGCGCAAUAGUUACUAGAGAUCAUAGUUUACCUUCGACACCAGAAGAUGAGUUCCCAAUGUCGCCUACAGAACAAAUGUUGACUAAUUUCUAUGAGAAAUCAUUGGAGCAGUCAUUGAGACCAGUGAUUGAACUUCCCAGUUGAACAUUUUUUUAACAAAUCAUGAAGAUGAAAAAUGUUUGACAGUGAAUUGAUUCUGUGCAGUUAAUGCCUGUUAAUGGUGAUUUGUUGAAGAUGACUGGUGAAUUCACCUUAAAAAUGCAUUAGGGUAUUCAAAUCUGGUGAAAAAUUUUAUUGGUCAAUCUCCCCAGGAAGUGAGACUUCAACUUAGGUUAGAGAUUGUAAAAUUGAUAUUGUUUUGUGAAAUUUGUUGAGUUUUUUGGUUUUUUGUGAAUUUUCAACAAUAUACUACAAAAUGUGAUUGAAAUGAGAAUAAAAACUUGUUAACUGAA